AAUCACACAACAAACUUAGCUCAUCGCAAUAAAAGCAGCCCAGAACCGACCGGCUCACAACAGGAUUCUCUCAGCCCGGCAUCUCCUGCAGAGGGAUCAGCCUGCUCGAACUGCAAGCGUGAUGUGGGGGACCAAACUUCUGCCGGUCUUGUUGCUGCAGCAUGUCCUCCUGCACCUCCUCCUGCUUCCUGUCACCAUCCCCUACGCAGAAGGACAGAAAAAAAGAAGAAAUACACUUCAUGAAUUCAAAAAGUCAGCAAAGACUACUCUCACCAAGGAAGAUCCAUUAUUGAAGAUUAAAACCAAGAAAAUGAACUCAGCGGAUGAGUGUGCCAACAGAUGUAUCAGGAAUAAGGGACUUCCAUUCACUUGCAAGGCCUUUGUUUUUGAUAAGACAAAAAAACGAUGCCACUGGUUCCCUUUCAAUAGUAUGUCAAGUGGAGUGAAGAAGGGAUUUGGCCAUGAGUUUGACCUCUAUGAAAACAAAGACUAUAUUAGAAACUGCAUCAUUGGCAAAGGAAGCAGCUACAAGGGGACAGUAUCCAUCACCAAGAGUGGCAUCAAGUGUCAGCCUUGGAGUUCCAUGAUCCCCCAUGAGCACAGCUAUCGCGAUAAAGACCUACAGGAAAACUACUGUCGAAAUCCUCGAGGGGAAGAAGGGGGACCCUGGUGUUUCACAAGCAAUCCAGAGGUACGCUACGAAGUCUGUGACAUUCCUCAGUGUUCAGAAGUUGAAUGCAUGACCUGCAAUGGUGAAAGCUACCGGGGUCCUAUGGAUCACACCGAGUCGGGCAAGACCUGUCAGCGCUGGGAUCAUCAGACACCUCACCGGCACAAAUUCUUGCCUGAAAGAUAUCCCGACAAGGGCUUUGAUGAUAAUUAUUGCCGCAAUCCUGAUGGCAAGCCGAGGCCAUGGUGCUAUACUCUUGACCCUGACACCCCUUGGGAAUAUUGUGCAAUUAAAAUGUGCGCUCACAGUUCUGUGAAUGAUACUGCUGUCCCUAUGGAAACCACUGAAUGUGUCCAAGGCCAAGGAGAAGGUUACAGGGGAACCACCAAUACCAUUUGGAAUGGGAUUCCCUGCCAGCGCUGGGAUUCUCAGUACCCUCACCAGCAUGAUGUAACCCCUGAGAACUUCAAGUGCAAGGACCUUAGAGAAAAUUAUUGCCGCAAUCCAGAUGGGGCUGAAUCACCGUGGUGUUUUACCACUGACCCAAACAUCCGAGUUGGCUACUGCUCGCAAAUUCCCAAGUGUGAUAUGUCAAGUGGACAAGAUUGUUAUCGCGGCAAUGGGAAAAAUUACAUGGGCAACUUAUCCAAAACAAGGUCUGGACUUACAUGCUCAAUGUGGGACAAGAAUAUGGAGGAUUUACACCGUCAUAUUUUCUGGGAGCCAGAUGCGAGCAAGUUGAACAAGAAUUAUUGCCGCAAUCCUGACGAUGAUGCCCAUGGACCUUGGUGCUACACGGGGAAUCCUCUUAUUCCUUGGGAUUAUUGCCCCAUUUCCCGUUGUGAAGGAGAUACCACACCUACAAUUGUCAACUUGGACCACCCUGUCAUAUCCUGUGCCAAGACAAAACAGCUGCGGGUUGUAAAUGGCAUCCCAACACGGACAAACGUAGGAUGGAUGGUUAGUUUGAAAUACAGAAAUAAACAUAUCUGUGGAGGAUCACUGAUAAAGGAAAGUUGGGUUCUUACUGCAAGGCAAUGUUUUCCAUCCAGAAACAAAGACUUGAAGGAUUACGAAGCCUGGCUUGGAAUUCACGAUGUCCACGGGAGAGGUGAUGAGAAACGCAAGCAGGUCUUCAACAUUUCCCAGCUGGUCUCGGGGCCGGAAGGCUCAGAUCUGGUGCUGCUGAAGCUUUCUCGGCCUGCGGUCCUAGAUGACUUUGUCAGUACAAUUGAUUUACCCAAUUAUGGCUGCACAAUCCCAGAGAAGACCACUUGCAGUGUUUACGGCUGGGGCUACACUGGACAGAUCAAUUCGGAUGGUUUAUUGCGAGUAGCCCAUCUGUAUAUUAUGGGGAAUGAGAAGUGCCGUCAGCACCACCAAGGGAAGGUGACUCUCAGUGAGUCUGAACUGUGUGCUGGGGCUGAAAAGAUUGGAUCGGGACCAUGCGAGGGAGAUUAUGGUGGCCCACUCAUUUGUGAGCAGCACAAAAUGAAAAUGGUUCUUGGUGUCAUUGUUCCUGGCCGUGGAUGUGCCAUCCCUAAUCGUCCUGGUAUUUUUGUCCGAGUAGCAUAUUACGCAAAGUGGAUGCACAAAGUAAUUUUGACCUACAAAUUGUAAUAGCCAUAGAAGAAGCCAGUGUGUCUGAAGCAUCCAUCUAUAUAUGAAGAUUUCAGAGACGUCGAGAUUAAAAUGUAACCUAAACCAAUCCUAAAAUAGCUACUUGAGUGUUGUGAGUGUUCAGAAACUCAUUAAUAUAUAUGGGUGUUUUCUGUUGUUCUGUUUGUCAGUGUUAUUUUGUAAAUGUUGAAGUGAAUUAAGGUACCUGUAAGUGCAGUAACAUAUCUCCUGAAGAUACUUGAACGGAUUCAAAAAUGCAAUAGUUGCUAGAUGAUAAGAGAUUUAAAGGUUAAGGUUGAUUAUCAUUCUAUGCUGCUUUUCAGGUUAAUAUCUUAAUGACGAAUUAAUCAUAAGUUAAACAUUAUUUUAACCCCACCAAAACCAAUUUGUACUUUGUGUUUCUA